AUGAGUGAUUACAAUUACUUUUUCGGUGAAGGUGACGAAAUCACCUAUCGUUACGAGGAAAAUCGCAGACGACAUGGUAGAAACGAUGAUACUCCACCGCUCGUAUCACCGGAGCAUUUGUCCCAAAACAUUUCUCCUACCAUGAAUUUCUAUCAGCCUCAAAGCCAACCUACCAUAUCUAUAACUUUGAAUCGCAUUCCAUCGGCACAUCAUCAGUUUCAAAAUCAACCUACCAUCCGAAGACCAUUCUGCUUGAGACGUUUGAUAUCGAUGAUAAUAUCGUGGCUGAUGAUUUUGUUUGCGCAAUCAAAUAGGCCUGCAAAUAGGUCGAGACGAAUACGCAGGCAUUUGCCCUCUAACAUGCCUCUUCCUUCAACCUCAGGAAACAAGCCAACGGAGUGUAUCGCCUGA